UGAAAAAAAUAUUGUUUGAAAAAAAAAUAUAAUAAUAAAAGCUGCGGUUUUUUUUUUUGAUAGUUUUUUAAAAUUUUAAAAAUUUUUCAAAGUGAUAAUAUUAGUGAUUGUGAUAGCAGGUGGUACGCAACAUGCUUGCGUAGCGGAUCACGAUAAUCACGGCCCUGUGUGGCCGACACAUCAUGUCACAGUUCUCUUACCGAGGAUCACCAAACUUACAGUGUCCUGUGUCAGUGAGUGCCGCACUCGUAUCAUCUUCACCAAGUCCGGCAAGUGUGCCAAUAUUAAGUGUAAGUGCAGCAGCAGCAGUUGCAGCAGCCGCAUCAGCAGCAUCAUCAGUGACAAGUGUUAAUCAUCAACUUACAUCACCAAUAUCAAGUACAAGAAUGGCUGUAACAAGUGCAAUUGUAAGACCACCAGGUAGUCCAACGACCUCAGUUAGUCCAUCACAACCACAUUCACAACCACCGACGGCUGGUGGUGGUGGUGGUCCAACACAAAGUGGUAGAUGUUGUGAUACUGGAAGACCAUUAUUUAAUGAUCCAAUAACUGGUCAAACUAUUUGUUCAUGUCAAUAUGAUUUACUUGGUAAUUAUCAAAGACUUGGUGGUAUGGCACCAGCAGCAUUAUCAAUGUAUAGUGCACCUUAUGCUGCUGCUGCCGCUGCCGCUGAGGGUAUGGCUGCAUAUUUUCCAUCAUUAGGAGCUGAACAACCACCUUUUUAUACAACUGGGGGUGGUGGACUUGAUUUAAAAGAAAAUCUUGGUGCUGGAGCAGCAGCAGCAUGGCCAUAUCCAUCAGUUUAUCAUCCAUAUGAUGCUGCAUUUGCAAGUUAUCCAUUCAAUGGAUAUGGAAUGGACUUGAAUGGAGCAAGAAGAAAAAAUGCAACACGAGAAACAACUAGUACACUAAAAGCAUGGCUUAAUGAGCAUAAAAAAAAUCCAUAUCCAACAAAAGGUGAAAAAAUAAUGUUAGCAAUAAUAACUAAAAUGACAUUAACACAAGUAUCAACGUGGUUUGCAAAUGCAAGAAGAAGAUUAAAAAAAGAAAAUAAAAUGACAUGGGAACCAAGAAAUAAAGAUAAAUAUGACGAUGAUGAACACAAGUUAAUUCAAUCAGUUUGAUGAUCAAUAAAUGUUGAUUCUCAAAUGAAUUCAAAAGACUCUGGUACGGGAUCAAGUGAAGAUGGUGAAAGACCAGCUCAUCGACUUGAUUUACUUCAUGGUUCAAGUACAUCUGGAAAUAUACAAAAUCGUCCAGAAUCAGAAUGGAGUGAAUCACGAGCAGAUAGUGGACCAGAUUCACCAGAAUGUUUAUUUGAUCAACGUGAACCACGACAUCCACUUCAAUUACAACAUCCAGCAUAUUUAGGAAGUCAUGGUCGUAUAUUACGUCAUCCAUCACCAGAUAAUACAUCACCAAGUGGUGUUGGUAGUGGUACAAGUCAUUUACCACCAUCAACAUCAGCAUCAUCAACUGGUAGUGGUGGUGUUGGUCCAAUAAAACCACGUAUUUGGUCACUUGCUGAUAUGGCAAGUAAAGAUGGUGAACAACAUCAACAACAUAAUAAUAAUCAUUCAAAUUCUUCAAUAACAAAUUUAUCAUCACCGUAUGGUAGUGGUAAUGGUGGUGGUAAAAUAGUUAGUCCACUUGCAAGUAGAUUACCACCCCAUCAUCCAUUACAUCCAGCAAUGCAUACUGGUGGACAAUUUGUACGACCACAUCCAGAUUUUUAUCGUAAUUUUUAUGGUGCUUCACAUCUUGGUACAAAUGACAUGGCAUUAUUAGAAUCAUAUUCAAGAACACUUGGUAGUUUUGGUGGUGUAUUACCACCAACAAGUAAUCAUCCAAGUUUAUUAACAAAUUCAUCAUCAGCAACAUCAAGUAAUAUUAAAAAUUUUACAAUUAAUGGUAAUGUUAAUACUGGACAAGUUUUAUUAACUGCAUCAUCUGGUGUAUCGCCUUCAUCAUCAUCAACAUCCUAG